AUGGAGAUUCACCCACGACACCCUCACCCAAUCCCUCUCAACACAAAACACCUAGGCCCGAUCUCCAAUUUGGCCCCAUUUUCCGCCUUGAUCAUCUCUCUCGUCUUGGUGAUAUCCUUCUUCGUUCGCUUCUACAUCCUCGAAGGAUUCCUCAUCCGUCGCCUAUAUGGCUCCAUCUACACAGAAAUGAGCGAGUUGAACCGUCGUGGCUUCGUGAAUCAUCAUAUCGCUGGUGCCACCAAAGUGAUCAUUUUGAUUGUGGCCGCAUACCCGUUCGUUAGUGUCGCGUUCUGCAAAGGGUCAUUCAACACGCCCUUCGUUCAUGGCUCACCAGUGACACUGGGUGACAUUCUGAUUAUCGUGGCACAAAUGUUGAUUGGGAUAUACAUCUUUGAGUUGAUCUACCGCAUGAAGUUGUCCCCCAUCGCCGUGAUGCACCACGUCGGGACAAUCUUCAUCGGCCAAGCUGCUAUCGCCAUCAGUCUGCGACCGUUACGCGAACCCGAUACGUAUGUUGAGUUUGUUCUCUGCACUGUCUGGGGCGCAUUUGACGCUGUCUUCGAGCUAUUCCCCCACGUCGCUAUCAUUCUCUACCGCAUCUUUCCUGAACGUCACCCCUUCCUCAGCAAGGUCUUCCUCAUCUCCUGUUUUACAACCGUAUUGGGUACAAUCACCGAGACCAUUGUGACCAUGUGGCUGUUUGCAAGCAUGUGGGACCGGUGGCGGCUUGCAUUUAAGAUUGUCACGCCGGUCCUGCAUGUGGCAUUCUCCGCGGCCCAGAUUCAUGGCAGUUUUGUCUUCUGGCGCAUGUACCGCCGACAACGGCGGUUCCAGAGGGAGGCUGACUCCGAGGCUAAAGAUAGCUUUGUUGGGGCUGAGAGGUCAGUAAGCCAUUACCGAUCCAAUAGCCAGAGCUGA